AUGGUUACAUUGACAAAGGCUCACAUCAGUGAUGCUAUCGAGAGCUUGAUAGAAGAUUAUCAAGAUUUUAACACGAGUUAUGCGCAAGAAUUUGACAGCUUUGAUGAACUGCGUUCGGUCGUGCAGCACAACAUACCUGCUCUUUUCAAAGGCGUUGCCAGGAAUUGGGAGGCGAGGAGGAAGUGGGAUGAUGAGUACUUGUCAAACAGUGUACAAGGCGACAUAGAGAUCGCCACCACACCUUACGGUAAUGCUGAUGCGCUUGUUGAAGUCGGUGAUGAUGUCUUCUUCGUCGAGCCGCUGAAUCAACACAUCUCGAUGGGCGACUUUUUGCAGAAGUUGCACAAUAAAAAGGAUGACGUGGUGUAUCUGCAGUCUCAGAAUGGCAACUUGGCGUUUGACGAGUUCGUGAAGCUUGGUCGAGAUGUGCCGGCUUCUAUAGCCCAGAUGGAAGAUAUCAUGGGAUCGAAGCCCGAUGCAGUCAAUGUCUGGAUGGGUGGGCCUGAGAGUGUCACAAGCUUGCACCAUGACCCAUACGAGAACAUUUAUGUUGUCGUGAGAGGUACAAAAACAUUCAACCUGUUUCCGCCAACGGAAGAGUAUUGCUUGGGAUUUGAAAAGUAUCGUCGUGGAAAAUACAUUCGAGACGCGUCAGGGAAGCUGAUAGUAGAAGCACAAGACGAGCAUGUUCCUUGGACGCCGAUCGACCCAUGUUUGAGCAAAGAGGAGAACAUAGCGCGAGUGCCACAGUACAAACACUCGCGAUGCAUGACUGUCACCGUCAACGAGGGCGACGCGCUAUAUCUCCCAAGUGGCUGGUUUCACCACGUCUUGCAAAGCGGAGAUCCUUGCAUCGCGAUAAAUUACUGGUUCGACCAGAGCUACCAGGGCGAACAGUACAGCAUGCGUCAGUUUUACAAUAGAAUGAUCGAGGUGCUGCACACGUAG